GGGUCCUUUUCCGAGUCCCUUUUCUAGCGUCCUGCUAUUCUCAUUUGUCCUUCCACGUUAUAUCAAUUCAGAAAGAAAGGAGGAGGAGAUUUUAUAUUAUUUGUGUCAAUCAAUCCCUGACCAUUUCUUGUAGCAAAGUCCUUUCUUUUCAACUCCAUAUUUUCUUUUUCUUAUUUUUCUUUUUUGUCUCAAUUUGUCUCCCGGAGUUUGAAUUUGUACACUCCUCUGUUUCCUCCGUUCCUUCCUUCUUAUCUAUUCCUUUUCCGUUCUUGUAGCUGGUUAUAGCUAAUUUCUUCUUCCUCAGUCGCCCCCAUUUGAUAUUGUCUAACUCUCUCUCUCUCACUCUCUCUCUCUAAAAUGGGUUCUGGCAUUUAUGGCAUUCCUAGCCAAAGAGUUCUUUCUUUUACCAUUUUCAUUCUAAUCACCUACUUGAUGGGCUCUUCUCUCUGGGAAUUCAGAACUGAAGGUAAAGCCAUUCUUAAGCACACUGACUCUUCCAAGGCAAUGAGUGAAUCAAAGGCAAGUGUGAGGAGAAUUCAGAUAGGCUCGGCACCACCAAGAUGUGAGAGGAAGUGCAGCUCAUGUGGGCACUGCGAGGCCAUCCAAGUGCCUGCAAAUCCUCAGGACGAGAGUGGCAACACCUCCACAGUCUUCACGGUGGACUACUACUCAAGAGGUGAUGAGAGCUCCAACUACAAGCCCAUGAGUUGGAAGUGCAAGUGUGGCAAGUUCAUUUUCAAUCCUUGACCAUCAUAUUUAAUAGGGUGCUCUUAACAUUUU